AUGUCAUGCGAUCAGGCCCUCGAGAACCACGAAGUGGUUCCGAGGUUGUAUCAGGCUUUUGUCCUCUCCGAGUCCAUACGCCGCACGUUUCUUCUCACAAGCAUCGCCACUGGUGUUUAUACCAGUCUCAAGGCAACCUGGAGUCACGCUUGUGCUGGGGAUGUCUGUAUCACUUUGCGAGGAGAACUUUGGGAGGCCCCGUCAGCUGCCCGGUGGGAGGCUGUCGCUAAGAAAGAUGAUCCGCUGUUCACAUAUAGUCUUAAGGGCCAGUCCCUUCUAUCACGCGGCAUAAGAGCUGCCGAAGUCGACGAGUUUGCUCGACUGAUCUUCACCGUCCUGUGGGGACUCGAGAAGGUUGAACACUGGGUUGUCAGCACCGGAGAUGCAGUAUCUGUUACAUACUGA